UUGACGUCUGCGGCCACUUGACAGCUGCUGCUCGAGGGGGAGUCUUGUUGGCAAUGCGAGAAUCCCUCGACCUCUUUCCUCUUCUGCCUCGUUGACUUGAACAUGGACAUGGGGGGCGGACGGCUAAUACGGAUAAUGAUUUUGGUGUUGGUGAUGGUUCUGGUGUGGAAGAUCUGGGAUUAUUCUUCCCUGCCAGUGCUUGAGCCGCCGAGUUUUAACGCCGAGAUCGCGAAGGGAAUGUCCUCCUCGAAGCUCCAGAGCGACCAGGAGCAGAAUUCGGUCCUGCAGGCGCCCGUGGAUGAGGAGCACCUGUUACAGGAGACAAGAACAACCAUCCACAAACUAGAAAAUGAGAGUGAUAAGGAGAAUAAGGAAGAAAAGCAAGAUCGUAUACAGAAAGGAGAAGGAAUUGCAAUAAGGCCAAUUUAUAAGGAAAAGAAGUUGAAUGAUAUGGGGGAAAAUUCAGAAACCAUGAAAAUCGAAAGUAAAAAAAAGGAACAUGAGGAAUCUGGAAAACUUGAUGAGAAAACAAAAGAGAAGGAAAAGAAAAAUGAAGAAAAGGAGAUAGAGAAAGGACAGAAAGAAAAGGUGAGUACAGUAAAAAUUAAAAGAUAUAUAAUGGAAAAGGAACUCACAGUGAAGGCUUGAAGAUAUAACAAAUCUUAAAUGUUAUCAGUGGCAAUGUUAUGGAAUUCAUUUCUGUGACCAGUUUAUUUUUUCAGCUUUUUUUUCUUCCUUUUUAUAGCCAACAUAGUUAAUAUUCUAAUUGUGUAUUUACAAGAUACAGAAGUUCAUACAUUUAAAUGAACAGUUAUUUUGUUUUGUAUAUUUGUUGCCGUGCAAUCUGCAUUUGAAUAACCAUAAUUUAUUUUCUUCGGGUAAAGGGUUUUGUUGAUCUUAGUACUCACUGUAAUAAGAAUUUAACCCAUUGCCGCCAGGGAAAAUGAACAAAAAAUGGGGAGAAUACUGUACUCAUUUUUUAUAUUUUUGUGAAAUAUCUCUGUCCAUAGAUGGCUCUGCUAGUCCUGAUUUCACCUUUCCUUGAAUUGGCGGGAAAAAAACGUAUUCUUGCUAGUGCUAUAAAUAUAGAUGGUGGUAU